AUGGCCGACAGUAUAUCUGGGUGGUUUCAAACCAUCCCCCUCAUCACGCGAUACUGGUUCGGCGCCUCGAUCGUCGUGCCGCUGCUCGGAAGAUUUGGGCUGAUCUCGGCGAAGUUCUGCUAUCUAUCAUGGGAGCUCGUGUUUUAUAAAUUCCAAUUCUGGCGGCCGUUCACUGCAUUGAUCUUCUACCCCGUAACACCGCAAUCCGGAUUCCACUGGCUGAUGAUGCUCUUCUUCAUGUACAACUACUCGAAAAACCUGGAGAGUGAGGUCUUCGAUGGCCGGCCCGCCGACUACUUCUAUCUGCUGUUCUUCAACUGGGCGGUCGCAACGAUCUUGUGUAUGGCGCUGGAAGUCGGGUUUUUGCUGGACGUGAUGGUGCUCUCCGUGCUCUACAUUUGGUGCCAGUUGAACAAGGACAAGAUCGUCUCUUUCUGGUUCGGCAUGCAAUUCAAGGCUGUCUACCUGCCCUGGGUGCUCUGCGCCUUCAACGCUGUGCUACGAGGCGGCGGCUUGCACGAAUUGAUCGGGAUCUUCAUCGGGCACUCGUACUACUUCCUGGCCAUCGCCUACCCACAAGAGCACGGCGGCUACUCGUUCCUGGAGACGCCCAGCUUCCUCUACAACUUGCUGCCGAAUCAACGGACCGGCGUGCGCAACAUCUUCGGCACUGCAGCGGACCGUCGUGAUCAAGCCGAAGCACGACCACAGGCCCCCCGCGGACAUGACUGGGGUAUGGGCCGCCCUCUUGGACAG